UAUAGACAGCUGUUUCAGCCGGCCGUUCAUUUCCGGUGGGGGUGCCGCGCCCAGUGAGGGCCCGGAAGUGGGUCGCGCGGAGGUUGCUGGGCGGUUCUUGCCGGAAGUGGAGAGCGCCUGUUCGCUGUCCGGAGGUGAGGGAGAGCUCCGAGGUGGUGGUACAUUAUGGCUGACAUGCAAAAUCUGGUAGAAAGAUUGGAGAGGGCCGUGGGCCGCCUGGAGGCAGUAUCCCAUGCCUCUGACAUGCACUGUGGGCACGGAGACAAUGCUCCCAAAGCCGGAGCAGUUCCUUUUGUGCAAGCCUUUGACUCACUGCUUGCUGGUCCUGUGGCAGAGUACCUGAAGAUCAGUAAAGAGAUUGGAGGAGAUGUGCAAAAACACGCGGAGAUGGUCCAUACAGGUCUGAAGUUGGAGCGAGCUCUCUUGGUUACAGCCUCUCAGUGCCAGCAGCCAGCAGGUAACAAGCUUUCUGACUUGUUGGCUCCCAUCUCAGAGCAGAUCCAAGAAGUGAUAACGUUUCGGGAGAAGAACCGAGGCAGCAAGUUGUUCAAUCACUUGUCAGCUGUCAGCGAAAGUAUCCAGGCCCUGGGUUGGGUGGCUAUGGCUCCCAAGCCUGGUCCUUAUGUGAAAGAAAUGAAUGAUGCCGCCAUGUUUUAUACAAACCGAGUCCUCAAGGAGUACAAAGAUGUGGAUAAGAAGCAUGUGGACUGGGUCAAAACUUACUUGAGUAUAUGGGCAGAGCUGCAGGCUUACAUUAAAGAGUUCCAUACCACCGGACUGGCCUGGAGCAAAACGGGGCCUGUGGCAAAAGAACUGAGUGGAUUGCCAUCUGGACCCUCUGCUGGAUCAGGUCCUCCUCCCCCACCACCAGGCCCACCUCCCCCACCAAUGCCUACCAGUUCAGGGUCAGAUGACACUGCUUCACGCUCAGCACUGUUUGCGCAGAUUAAUCAGGGAGAGAGCAUCACACAUGCCCUGAAACAUGUAUCUGACGACAUGAAGACUCACAAGAACCCUGCCCUGAAGGCUCAGAGUGGUCCAGUACGAAGUGGCCCCAAACCAUUCUCAGCACCUAAACCAGGAGUCAGUCCGUCCCAUAAACCAGCCACAAAGAAGGAGCCACCUCUACUUGAACUGGAGGGCAAAAAGUGGAGAGUGGAAAAUCAGGAGAAUGUUUCCAACCUGGUGAUUGACGACACAGAGCUGAAACAGGUGGCUUACAUAUACAAGUGUGUUAACACGACAUUGCAAGUCAAGGGCAAAAUUAACUCUAUUACAGUAGAUAACUGUAAGAAACUCGGUCUGGUGUUCGAUGAUGUGGUGGGCAUUGUGGAGAUAAUCAAUAGUAGGGAUGUCAAAGUUCAGGUAAUGGGUAAAGUGCCAACUAUUUCCAUCAACAAAACAGAUGGCUGCCAUGUUUACCUGAGCAAGAAUUCCCUGGAUUGUGAGAUAGUCAGUGCCAAAUCUUCUGAGAUGAAUGUCCUCAUUCCUACAGAAGGCGGUGACUUUAAUGAGUUCCCUGUCCCUGAGCAGUUCAAGACCCUAUGGAACGGGAAGAAAUUGGUCACCACAGUGACAGAAAUUGCUGGAUAAGCGAAGUGCCACUGGGUUCUUUGCCCUCUCCCCUCACACCAUGGGAUAAAUCUGUAUGAAGACGGUUCUUUUCUAGAUUUCCUCUACCUUUCUGCUCUUAAAUUGCUUCUCUGCUUUGAGAAGCACAGCUACCUGCCUUCACUGAAAUAUACCUCAGGCUGAGAUUUGGGUGGGAUAGCAGGUCAGUUGAUCUUGUGCAGGAAGGCGCAGCUUUUCCAUAUCAGCUUAACGGCACCCUCCAGUCCAUUCUUAAGGGACUGCAAACCAGGACUGGUGUGUUUCAGCUUUCAGCCUUUGGGGAUUAUUCCACCAAUAAACAGUUUGGGGGGAAGAAUAACGCAGUCCCCAGGAAUUAACAGCUCAGAAAGUUCACACAAAUUAAUCUUUCCCUAACAAUGAACAUGAAGGUAACAGAAGCUGGUGUGAUCCCAAGGUGGUUCUUCUAACCAGACUAAUUUUUCACUGUUGACAACUGAGGCAAGGGUUGCACUGGACCAAAGGCUGAGGCUUGGCCAUCUAGCAUUCCAAGCAAAAUUGUUUCUUCCAAGUAUUCAUUUCAUUCUGCAUUCCAUCCUGGCUCCACCUGAACCUGAGACAGUACGCUUUCCUAUACUGGCUGCUGUGACAGUGCCCUGCUCCCAGGCCAGUUAAAGUAGUCUUGGGCCCUUUCUUUCUCUGGGAUCUGUGCCAGCACGUUCCUAUAGAGAUGACUUAAAAAGAGAGGGGAAAAACACCAUUCCAAGGAAUCGGGCAUUCUUCCUCCUUCCAUGCUAGGUGCCUGUCAUCCAUCUUCACUGUCCCCUUUGCCUUGUCGUGCUAAACAGCUUUUGGCUUCCAUCCAGGCACCUGAACAAAGGACUAAAAUCUCUACUGCAGGCUGGUUUUAGGUCUUAUGUAAGAAUCUCGCAAAGCAUUGCAAAUGUAAAUUACAGACCAAAAUAUGCAACUUUUUUUUUUUUGGUGGGAAGAGAGAUUGUCCUGUGACUUCUACCCAUUUUCUGAGGCCUGUAGAAAUAAACCUUUAUGUACUUAAAGUUAUACAGAAAAUAGAAUAAAAUUAAUACCAAACUUG